GUUGAUACGGCGCCGAACAGCACAGCUCGUGAGCAUCCACGUUUUUCACAGUACAAAUAUACAGGACGAGCGGAAGAAAACCAGGAGAACAGGCGUCGGGAAUAUCUUCAAAGACAAAAAGAGAUGCGUUUUGAUUACGCGAAUCAUGCACGAAAAUUGGCAAUGAAUGAGUUUGAUGAGGAAGAUGACAAGAUGGAUAUGGAAGCGGAAAAUGAGGAAGUUGAUGAGGCCGAAAUGGAGGAAGCGGGCAGUGAGGGGAAGAAAAAGAAGUGGAGAAAGUAUAGUAAGAAAGCCAAAAAAGAACGAAUACGGCGAAAUCGUUAUGCCAAUGAACUGAUGCUUAGCGAAUGGCUUGUGGAUAUUCCGACAACUUUAUCGAAAGAUUGGAUCUGCUUGCCAUGUCCCACCGGAAAACGAUGUCUCGUGGUUGCAUCCAAUGGCGUGACAACUGCAUAUGCGAAAACGGGUUUUAUGAUAACACAGUUUCGCUCGUAUCUCCCGGUGGCAGUAGAAAUUCAAUUGGAGGAGAAAAUACCGCACAGAAAAUCACUUCAGUAUCGAUUCGUAUGUCUACCAUAUUGCCGCUGUGAAAACAGCCUAAUGGAGGAAAUGAUGCACCGAGAAUUCGAAUUUGAACUGGACGGUGUUCUCUUUUAUCAUGCGAAUGUACGAUAUGAAAAGGGUCAAAGUCCUCUUGGUAUGUGA